GCAAGAAAAUCCAAAGUUCGGGCCAACAUGAAGAAUCAAAUAUUGAUAUUUGGUUUGCUGAUUUUAAUCAUUCUUUGCAGCGGUUCAGAGGACGGCAAGUUGGAGAGGGCAAGACGAUUUUUGAGGCGUGGUGUUUCGUUGGAAAACGAACGAUCGACCAAAUUACGGGUACUCCGCCAUCUAGAUAACGUUCGAUCGACAAACUUUACAAAGCUACAUCUAAAGGAGAGGCAACUGGCGCCAUCCUACCCUUACCGAUGUCCGACGGCGUCCUUCCAAUGUGAGAGUGGUAAAUGUAUCCCAUCUCAUCAGGUUUGUGAUGGACGGCUGUAUGAUUGCCCAGGCGGAGAGGACGAACAAAGUUGCUCGAUAAGCACAUGCCCUCCUGACCAGACACGGUGCCAGAGCGGCGAAUGCAUCCCGGACUACUGGCUAUGUGAUCAGAUCGAUGACUGCUCCAACGGGGAAGAUGAGAUUGGAUGCUCCAGAACACAAUGCGACAAGGAUGAAUUCAAAUGCAGUACAGGAUCCUGCGUAACUCAAGACUGGCUCUGCGAUGGUCAUGUUGAUUGCCUAGAAGGAGAAGACGAACAGGCUUGCCUUACUCAGACAUGUCCGCCUGGUCAAUUCAAGUGCAACAACGAUGCCUGCGUAGACAAUCAAUAUGUCUGUGAUGGAGUCCACGAUUGCUACUUUGGAGAGGACGAGCUAGACUGUGGUGGAAUACCAAUCACUGAGCCGUGCUCAGGCAGGUACCAGUGUGAUGACGGGCGGUGUAUCCAACUCGAGACGAUCUGCGACGGGACUUACGAUUGCUCGUAUGGAGAAGAUGAACAAGACUGCUUCUCAUGCCGAAAUGAUCAGUUUGAGUGUGCAGAAGGACUAUGCUUGCCUCGAUCAGCUCUUUGUGAUUCUGAACAAGACUGCCGAUAUGGAGAAGACGAAGAGAACUGUGCAGUCGUAGCAGCAUGUCCGGGUAAAUUCGAGUGUUCAUCCGAUGGCCGGUGUCUAUCUUAUGGCUUUGUGUGUAACGGGAGAGUAGAUUGUUUUGGAGGAGAGGAUGAACGUGGAUGCAUCAGCCAACCAACGCAACCAACGCAACCAACGCAUCCAACGCGUCCAACACAACCAACGCAACCAACGUGUCGCCAAAAUGAGAUACGUUGCAACGUCGGCAGUAGAGUAGGAUGCCUCGCAGAAGCGAAAGUAUGUGACGGAAGGAAUGACUGCUUAAGAGGGGAAGACGAGCGUAACUGCCCUUUGGUUGUGCCACAUGACUGUGGGGGUGACUUCCGGUGUGACGAAGGCAAGUGUAUCUCUAGGAGUCGGCUAUGUGAUCGGUUCAUUGAUUGUAGCGAGGGUGAAGAUGAGGAGGACUGCGUGAUGACGCAAUGUGGCGGUGAUUUCCAGUGCAUGGAUGGGACGUGUGUCCCGGCGUCCUUGAUCUGUGACGGUCAAGUUGACUGCGCUGAUGGUGAAGACGAGGUAUCCUGCAGGGAACUUCCACAAUGUGAUGUAGACGCUGAUCUUAAAAUGUGCAGUACAGGACAGUGUGUCCCAGGCGAGGCCUUCUGCGAUGGAUGGGUUGAUUGCUACGGGGCUGUUGACGAAGCAGGAUGCCCAGAGUCACCUAGCUGUCGGGGAUUGUUCUUAUGCCGCACUGACUACUGCCUUGAAUCUACAAGAAUCUGCGAUGGUAGUUUCGACUGUAUUGAUGGCAGAGAUGAAACGGAAGUGUCUUGCUUCACAGCACCUGAUUGUAUCGAUGGUUUCGAGUGCAACAACGGGGAAUGUACCGAUAUCAGCUCGGUGUGCAACGGAGCGCGAGACUGCUCCGAGGGAGAAGAUGAGGAAAAUUGUCUGCCAGGGUGCACUGCCUUUGAAUGCGCUGAUGGCACAUGUAUACCAAUAUCAAGCCUUUGCGAUGGCAAUGCUGAUUGCCGCGCAGCAGAAGACGAAAUUAAUUGCCCAGAGGAAUGUUCCGGGUUCACAUGCUCCGAUGGUUCGUGUAUAGACACUAGAGAUGUCUGCAAUGGGCGACCAGAUUGCUCACGAGGUGACGAUGAAAUCAACUGCCCGGAGCAGUGUUCUGGGUUUAGAUGCAACGAUGGGAUAUGCAUUGAUACGGCCAGUGUAUGCAACGGUCGACCGGAUUGUUUGAGAGGCGAGGAUGAAGUAAGGUGUCCAGAAGAGUGCAGGGGAUUCAAAUGUAGAGAUGGUUUGUGUAUUCCUGAUUCUGCUGUUUGCAAUGGUCGGAGAGACUGUUCUGGAGGAGAUGACGAAGUUGGUUGUCCAGAUGACAGAUGUUCGACAGGAUUUCGUUGCGGAAAUGGUAAUUGCAUCGACUCCAAUCGCGUUUGUAACCGUUAUAACGAUUGUGGUGAUAAUUCAGACGAGGAAACUUACGCCUGUGACGGUACUCCGUGUUCUGAUGGAUUCGUGUGUUCUGAUAACUCCUGCAUAUCGCAAAACAAAGUUUGUGAUGGGAAUCGUGAUUGUUACAGUGGAGAAGAUGAAAAUAACUGCAACACUGUUUGUGAAUUUCAGUGCGGCAAUGGAAACUGUAUUCCUAACUCAGCUGUCUGUAAUGGAGUUCGAGAUUGCUAUGAUGGUGAAGAUGAAUCAAGUUGCCCCUUAACGAACCCUUGCAAUGGCUUUAGAUGUGACGAUGGAACCUGUAUAGAGUCUAGUAGAGUUUGUGACACUUACAAAGACUGUCCAGAUCGUACAGAUGAGCAGAACUGUGAAUCAGAUGAAAUCUGCCCUGGUAAAUUCAAUUGUCAGACAGGGUUCUGUAUUGAAUUACGGUACAUCUGUGAUGGACGUCAGGACUGUUCAAAUGGCCUGGACGAGAGUUCCUGUCCUAUCAACGAAGGAUGUGAUAGUACCGAGUUUACCUGCUAUAAUGGUCAUUGUAUUGGUGGUGAUAAUGUUUGUGAUGGAAUACCUGACUGCUCUGCCGGGGAAGACGAGGAAAAAUGCCCAGCAGGAUGUGGAAAUGAAUUUGAAUGCGGCAGAGGGAACUGUAUCCCAAGAGGUUAUGUCUGCAACGGCAGGUUGGAUUGUUCCGAUGGCGAAGAUGAAGUUGGUUGCAAUCGUUGCGAAUUUGAAUGUGAUGACGGUAGCUGCAUUGAAGCUGCCAGAAUCUGCGAUAACACCCAAGACUGCUCACGAGGAGAGGAUGAAUUGAAUUGUCCUAUUAUAGGAGACCAGUGUCCGGGUGAAUUCACAUGUCCUCCUGGAUACUGCAUACCAAGAAUCGCUGUUUGUGAUGGUGUUCGAGAUUGCUUUGGCAACGAAGAUGAAGAUGGCUGUCCGAUAGUGGACAACUGUGCGGGUCAGUUCAGAUGCAAUUCAGGAGAAUGCAUUCCUCUAACGGCUAGAUGUAAUGGCAUCUCCGAUUGCUAUGGCAGGGAUGAUGAGGAUGGUUGUCCCAUCAUUGAAGAUUGUCCAGGACAAUAUAAAUGUAGCGACGGACAGUGUAUCCCUCUAAGAGCUAGAUGCAAUGGAAUACGUGAUUGUUAUCAAGGAGAAGACGAAGCAGGUGGAUGCCAGAUUAGUAGUCCGUGUUCUGAUGGAUUUGUGUGUGAUGCUGGAAACUGUAUACCUAAUUCAGCUGUCUGUAAUGGAGUUCGAGAUUGCUAUGAUGGUGAAGAUGAAUCAAGUUGCCCCUUCACGAACCCUUGCAAUGGCUUUAGAUGUGACGAUGGAACCUGUAUAGAGUCUAGUAGAGUUUGUGACACUUACAAAGACUGUCCAGAUCGUACAGAUGAGCAGAACUGUGAAUCAGAAGAAAUCUGCCCUGGUAAAUUCAAUUGUCAGACAGGUUUCUGUAUUGAAAUACGGUACAUCUGUGAUGGACGUCAGGACUGUUCAAAUGGCCUGGACGAGAGUUCCUGUCCUAUCAACGAAGGAUGUGACAGUACCGAAUUUACCUGCUAUAAUGAUCAUUGUAUUGGUAGUAAUAAUGUUUGUGAUGGCAUACCUGACUGCUCUGCCGGGGAAGACGAGGAAAAAUGCCCAGCAGGAUGUGGAAAUGAAUUUGAAUGCGGCAGAGGGAACUGUAUCCCAAGAGGUUAUGUUUGCAACGGCAGGUUGGAUUGUUCCGAUGGCGAAGAUGAAGUUGGUUGCAAUCGUUGUGAAUUUGAAUGCGAUGACGGAAGCUGCAUUGAAGCUACCAAGAUCUGCGAUAGCACCCAAGAUUGCUCACGAGGAGAGGAUGAAUUGAAUUGUCCCAUUGUAGAAGACCAGUGUCCGGGUGAAUUUACUUGUUCUCCUGGGUACUGCAUCUCAAGAAUUGCCGUUUGUGAUGGUGUUCGAGAUUGCUCAGGCAACGAAGAUGAAGAUGGCUGUCCGGUAGUGGCCGACUGUUCGGGUCAGUUUAGAUGCAAUUCAGGAGAAUGCAUUCCUCUAACGGCUAGAUGUAAUGGCAUCUCCGAUUGCUAUGGCAGGGAUGAUGAGGAUGGUUGUCCCGUCAUUGGAGAUUGUCCAGGACAAUUUAAAUGUAGCGAUAGACAGUGUAUCCCUUUAAGAGCUAAAUGCAAUGGAAUACGUGAUUGUUAUCAAGGAGAAGAUGAAAAUAACUGCAACACAGUUUGUGAAUUUCAGUGCGGCACUGAAAACUGUAUACCUAACUCAGCUGUCUGUAAUGGAGUUCGAGAUUGCUAUGAUGGUGAAGAUGAAUCAAGUUGCCCCUUAACAAACCCUUGCAAUGGCUUUAGAUGUGACGAUGGAACCUGUAUAGAGUCUAGUAGAGUUUGUGACACCUACAAAGACUGUCCAGAUCGUACAGAUGAGCAGAACUGUGAAUCAGAAGAAAUCUGCCCUGGUAAAUUCAAUUGUCAGACAGGAUUCUGUAUUGAAUUACGGUACAUCUGUGAUGGACGUCAGGACUGUUCAAAUGGCCUGGACGAGAGUUCCUGUCCUAUCAAUGAAGGAUGUGACAGUACCGAAUUUACCUGCUAUAAUGAUCAUUGUAUUGGUGGUGAUAAUGUUUGUGAUGGCAUACCCGACUGUUCUGCCGGGGAAGACGAGGAAGGCUGCCGACCAGAAUGUGGACAUGAAUUUGAAUGCAACAGAGGGAACUGUAUCCCAAGGAGUUAUGUCUGCAACGGCAGGGAAGAGUGUUUCGAUGGCGAAGAUGAAGUUGGUUGCAAUCGUUGUGAAUUUGAAUGCGAUGACGGAAGCUGCAUUGAAGCUACCAAGAUCUGCGAUAGCACCCAAGAUUGCUCACGAGGAGAGGAUGAAUUGAAUUGUCCUAUUAUAGGAGACCAGUGUCCGGGUGAGUUUACCUGUCCUCCUGGUUACUGCAUCCCAAGAACUGCUGUUUGUGAUGGUGUUCGAGAUUGCUUUGGCAACGAAGAUGAAGAUGGCUGUCCGGUAGUUGCCGACUGUUCGGGUCAGUUUAGAUGCAAUUCAGGAGAAUGCAUUCCUCUAACGGCUAGAUGUAAUGGCAUCUCUGACUGCUAUGGCAGGGAUGAUGAGGUUGGUUGUCCUAUCAUUGGAGAUUGUCCAGGACAAUAUAAAUGUAGUGACGGACAGUGUAUCCCUCUAAGAGCUAGAUGCGACGGAAUACGUGAUUGUUAUCAAGGAGAAGAUGAAGCAGGUGGAUGCCAGAUUAGUAGUCCGUGUUCUGAUGGAUUUUUGUGUGACGUUGGAAACUGUAUACCUAAUUCAGCUGUCUGUAAUGGAGUUCGUGAUUGCUAUGAUGGUAAAGAUGAAUCAAGUUGCCCAUUAACAAACCCUUGCAAUGGCUUUAGAUGUGGCGAUGGAACCUGUAUAGAGUCUAGCAAAGUUUGUGACACCUACAAAGACUGUCCAGAUCGUACAGAUGAGCAGAACUGUGAAUCAGAAGAUAUCUGCCCUGGUAAAUUCAAUUGUCAGACAGGAUUCUGUAUUGAAUUACGGUACAUCUGUGAUGGUCGUCGAGACUGUUCAAAUGGCCUGGACGAGAGUUCCUGUCCUAUCAACGAAAGAUGUGACAGUACUGAGUUUACCUGCUAUAAUGGCCAUUGUAUUGGUGGUGAUAAUGUUUGUGAUGGCAUACCUGACUGCUCUUCCGGGGAAGACGAGGAAAGUUGCCCAGCAGGAUGUGGAAAUGAAUUUGAAUGCGGCAGAGGGAACUGUAUUCCAAGGAGUUAUAUCUGCAACGGCAGGGAAGAGUGUUUCGAUGGCGAAGAUGAAUUGAAUUGUCCCAUUAGAGGAGACCAGUGUCCUGGUGAGUUUACCUGUCCUCCUGGGUACUGCAUCCCAAGAACUGCUGUUUGUGAUGGUGUUCGAGAUUGCUUUGGCAACGAAGAUGAAGAUGGCUGUCCGGUAGUGGCCGACUGUUCGGGUCAGUUUAGAUGCAAUUCAGGAGAAUGCAUUCCUCUAACGGCUAGGUGUAAUGGCAUCUCUGACUGCUAUGGCAGGGAUGAUGAGGUUGGUUGCCCUAUCAUUGGAGAUUGUCCAGGACAAUAUAAAUGUAGCGACGGACAAUGUAUCCCUUUCGGAGGUAGAUGCAGAGCAGUACGUGAUUGUGUUCAGGGAGAAGACGAAUCAGGUGGAUGCCAGAUGAGAAGUCUGUGUUCUGAUGGAUUCGUGUGUGAUGAUGGCCCCUGCAUAUCGCAAAGCAAAGUCUGUGAUGGGAAUCGAGAUUGUUACAAUGGAGAAGAUGAAAAUGACUGCAACACUGUUUGUGAAUUUGCAUGUGACCGAGGGAACUGUAUCCCAAGGAGUUAUGUCUGCAACGGCAGGUUGGAUUGUUUUGAAGGCGAAGAUGAAGUCGAUUGCAAUCGGUGUGAAUUUGAAUGUGAUGACGGUAGCUGCAUUGGAGCUACCAGAAUCUGCGAUAACACCCAAGACUGCUUGAAAGGAGAGGAUGAAUUUAAUUGUCCUAUUCUCGGAGACCAGUGUCCGGGUGAGUUCACCUGUUCUCCAGGAAAAUGCAUCUCAAGAAUUGCUGUUUGUGAUGGUAUUCGAGAUUGCGUGGGCAACCAAGAUGAAUAUGGCUGUCCGGUGGUAGAAGACUGUGCGGGUCAGUUUAGAUGCAAUUCAGGAGAAUGCAUUCCUCUAACGGCUCAAUGUAAUGGCAUCUCCGAUUGCUAUGGCAAGGACGAUGAGGAUGGUUGUCCCAUCAUUGAAGAUUGUACAGGACAAUUUAAAUGCAGCAACGGAGAAUGUUUUCCUCUUGAUGCCCGCUGUGAUGGUCAUCAAGACUGUUAUCACGGUGAGGAUGAGGAGGCCUGCCCGAUCAGUGGAUGCAACAGCAACGAGUUCCAAUGCAUCGAUGGUUCAUGCCUUCCUGCCAGUUACCGAUGCGACGGGUUGUACGAAGACUGUUCUCUCGGUGAGGAUGAGACAGACUGCGGACCACAUAGUGUAUGCGACCGGGACCAGUUUCAGUGCGCCAAUGGAGUCUGCAUAUCCUCCACAUGGCGAUGCGACGGACAAUACACGGACUGCAUGAACGGAGAGGAUGAGGAGAACUGCGGAGGUAACAACGUUGUCGACUGCGGAAAAUCAGAGUUCAGGUGUAACGACGGGUCUUGCAUUCCAAAGGAUUACGUGUGUGACGGUCGUUAUCGGGACUGUGAAGAUGGUGAGGAUGAGAACAGCUGCCCGAGUGCGUGUAACGCGUAUGAGUAUGAGUGCGAGUCUGGUACCUGUGUUCCAAUUCAGGGUAUGUGUGACGGCAAGAAUGACUGCCCCACAGGAUCUGACGAAAUACCCUUAAACUGUAAUGACUUCCAAAACCUAGGAGAUUGUGAUCCCCACUACCAGUUCCAAUGUUAUGAAGGAAACUGCAUCUCUGUACAUGCUGUGUGUGAUGAUUAUAAUGACUGUCUGGGAGGAGAAGAUGAAGCAUUAUGUCCAGCACAACAAGGAACCAAUGAUGGUCUCUCGUAUGUGUUGACUGAACUGAAUAACGACUUGGAGGAUCUUAAUGGUAUUCUUGAAAAUGGUAACAAUGAUGAUACGACUUACAAUACAGAGGAUGUAGCUGACACGCUGUAUAACAUUGAGCAAACAUUGCACCGUGCAGAAUAUCUCACAGAACAAGAGGAGGUUGACAAUGUGACAAGCUCAACAACCGAAGAACCAAGUCCUCUCGCUGAUCGUGACCAAAAUCUUCCAAAAGAGCUCUCGAACAAGAAGCUUUUCCAAACUGCCAAGAAAAUUAUGAGCGACUCGAUCGUCAAUGAUCUGGAGGAAGCUAUAACAGCCGCGCGCAAGACUCGCAAACCUGAAGAAAACGAGUCUAAUGAUGUAGUCGACGGCGUGAAUGACCAGGAUACCAGAGGCAACGAUGUCGAAAGUGAUGCCGAGACGGGAGCGACCGGACCUGGAACAUAUCGACGUCGUAAAAUCGUUCUGUCUGAGGAUGCCCGAAAGAAACUCGACCUCAUUGGCAGCUUGAAGAAUGAACUGUCCUUGAAAUUGAAGGAAAGGCGAUCUAAGAGGAUUGACAAAGAUGGCGCAGUUCAAGCCGACACUGAACAGGGUGGUAUGGAAGGAAAGCAUGAUGCGUUGCUUAGUAAGGGGAUGUUGACACGCCUCGUGACACUGGAGAAUGCUUUACUCAAUAGAAAGAAGAAAGCGUUGCAAAAACGCUGAGCGUCGUUUCUCCUUAGGUAUAUAUCACAACGUUUCUCCUUAA